GGGGAAGGGGCGGAAACAAGAGCUACUUAGGUGUGUAGGGAAAAUGAAGCUAACUCUGGUGCAGAUCUUCUUCAUGCUGCUGCUGCUGUUGCUGGGCCUGGGGAUGGGCUUGGGCCUGGGUCUGCGCAUGGCUGCAUCGGUCCUCGAGGACAGCGAUCAGCUACUGAAUGAGUUUUGGGCCAGCGACGCUCAGGAUAAGGUGGAUGAUGCUGCCGAGGUGGGAAAAGGCUCCCGGAUGGCAGAAACCCUGGUACUUAACAACCAAGGAAGAGCACAAGCCGACUGGCAACCCGUAGACGCCAUCUUCCAUGAAGAUGAAGUUGGGAACAAGAUGCUCAGGGCUGACGUUCCCUUGGAGAACAGCAAAGACUACCUGAGGUACGACCUGCUCGCCAGGGAAUGCAAUGCCAUGAUGGCCCCCAAGAUGCAGGUGCACAAUCAAACCUGCUUACAUCAGUACACGUUCAUCCACGAGGAGGAAGCCACUGUCAAGGCUGUCUGUAACACGCCAGUCAUUGCCUGUGAGCUCAAAGGGGGCAAAUGCCACAAAAGUCCCCGCCCCUUUGACUUGACCGUCUGCAAGUUGGCCAAACCGGGCCAGGUGACUCCUCACUGCAACUACCUCACGUUCAUCCUUGAGAAGUUCAUCGUUAUAACCUGUAAUAACAUGAAGUUCCAGUUAACCUCGGGAUAG